AUGAACUGGACCGAAGGACGCCUUCAACGGCACUCAUCAACCAAUCGCAAGAGCACCGCGCAGCAGCGUCAGAAAGCACAUUUUGCAAGAGUACAGCAGAACCUUCGCAACGGAAGCUUAAACAACAAGAACUCUCCCGUCAGAUUUUCAGUCUUUGGUAUCGAUGUUAGGGAUCGCGAGCGCCUCGACCAGUAUCUCUCCCCCGCUGUACAAGGCUCGGCUGUCAAAUGCGAUGAUGGAGCUCGGCGACCUCGAGACAGUCUCGAAUCAGCACAGCUUCUUCUCCAUCCAGUACCUGAAAGGCGUGCUUCCAAAUCUCGAGACUGCGAAAGUAGUCAACGCCGGCGACCAGCUCCUCUGAAAAGAAACCCAAGUCAGGCUCCAGAAGAUGACCUAUACGGUGCAACUCCUCCCCCACGCCCGAUAAAGCGAAAGCACAAUGCUGGGGUGUCUGAGUCAGAUAUGGCGAGUGUAUCAGAGGGAAAAACGGUGAAGGAGCCGCUUUCAGAAAUCAGGAGAAGGUUACUUCGAAGGGGAGACUGGGUCGGUGUCACCAGACAGAAACCAUUGGAGCUCGUGUACGGAUCUGUCAAGGACGGGAAAGAUAUUGGUAGGAGAAGGAAAGUCAAUGAACAGCAUCGAGCAAGAUACCGUUCCGCGCAGUCCCAGAUCGAGUCUCCUUUCCCUGCAAGGAAUCGAUCGCACCAAUACGAAUUCCGUGGUGGACAACAUAUGGAAGGAAGCCAGCCCAUAGCACCGGAUGUCCGAAUCUUUAUCGGCGGCAGGAAAGUCCCACCUGGUGUUAGCUCGAGUACGGGACGGCGUUAUGGUGCAUCAACCAGCGGAAAGAGAAGUUCUCGAGCAGUUUCGUCAGAGAUGUUGCUGUUGGAUAGUGGAAGCUCUAGGGGCGUCUUACACGAUGGACACACUAGGGACCAGUACGAAAAUUCUAGAAGAACCGAAAGCCUUCUUUUAGCGUCUUCAAGAGCGACUUCGCACUGCCGUCUUUACGAGGCAACCCGACGUUCCCACUCGCUACUGGCACUCUCAAGCCAGGAUGAUCUUCCAGGAUGGGAUGAAGAACAAGAGCAGGACCAAGGAUGGGCUGGAGUGACUGAAGACUCCCUUGCGAAGUUACAACAGAACUUUCAAGGCAGCUCAGAAUCUGGUGACAAGUCUUCGGAUCGUUCAAGUCGCAAAGCAGCUCCGGACGUCAAUCUCCGCCGAAACCUGCAUCCUGGACAAGAGAUAUUUUCGUCAUCGUCGGCCCCUAUGCACCAUCCCAAACCACGAACUUCCAAGAGAUCGGUGCUCCUUCAAGAGGGGUCAUCACAGCUGGCUGAGAGUAAUUUAGCGCAGCUAGGAAAGCUAAAAUCCGCGGUCUCUAGCUCACAACAACAUCAAGAUGAGAUUUGGCGAAGUUGGGUGGUAGCCGAAGGUGCUGGUGAAGACGACGAUGAACAGUCAUCUGAAGGUCUUCUAGGAGAUGGAUGGAUAAGUCCUGGACCAAGCAUGGCACCUCCCAUGCGACCACCAACCAGAUUUAUUCCCGAUGAAGAUGCAUACUCAUCUGAGCUGGAGGCUCCAGAUGAUCCUGAUCAGGUCCAGGAGGUAGUAUCAGGUGAUGGCUCGGAAGAAUCCAGCCAAGGGAACUCAGCAAGCCAGGACGAAGUGAGUGUACUAGGCGAAGAUGGCGAUCUCACUAUGAAGUCAAUGGAAAUUGCAGCGCACUCACAGAACGCCGAAGCGAGUAUGGUCCACUGCACAUCCAGAAAUGGCGAAAAGGACUCUACAGACAUAAGAGUUUCGCUUUUGUCUCCCCAUGGUGCAGUUGUAAGGGUACCAGACCUUGCGAUGCCAGCACCUCACCCGGCCUCUCAAGCCGGAGAUCCUGAUGAACUCUGGAGAAAGUUCGUAUUCGGAAGAAGCGACGAAGUCAUGUCACCAGAUUGUAGCACGGCUGAACACAGUAAUCCCUGUACAAAAGCGCCUGGCCACUCUUCAAUCAUUGGAAAUCCGUCCUCGGGCCAGAAAGUGUUGAAUACCUUUCACUCUCAGUCCUCUGCUCAGCCCGAGUCAUCUCAACGACCACAAUCAACUGACAACAGUAGGGAACACUCUUUAGCUCAACCAAACUCUUUCAUCAGUUCUCCUACACGAGAUAGAAGAACCAGCAUGUAUGCAUCCAACGGGCCAGUCUCAUCGUCAAGUUAUGGACACGCUCAGACUUCAACAGCAAUCCACGCGAGAUCGCCGUCGUCUUUAUCGUGCAGUGAUUACAGCUACCCACACAAACGUCCGCAGAAAGUCUUGUUCACUAAACCCAAACCAUUCAUUGGAAGAAACUCUAACGUGGAUGUUGCGAGAGACGAGGUGCCGCUCUACAUGGAACAAGGAUCCAGAAAUGAUGAGGAAGACUUUAUCGCAGGGCAAAAGAGAAAGAAUAUAGAUCAUGUGUCCCAUUUUGCUGAAGAUGAGCUAGGUGAGCUUGAAUCUAUUGAGGAUUAUUGA